GUGGACAAUGAUUGGGUGCUGGCGAAAACACCAGACAAGAUUCCUUACUUCACGAACGGCCACAAGACCUUCGUCAGGCACGAGAUGAAUAAGGACCGCCGAAGUCAGGCGACUGUGGGCCUGUACUGUCGGAUGAUUCUCAAGGACGGCGUUGUCAAGCAUGCUCGCUCGGGCGCCACUAUCGGUCAGCCCUCGUCGCUGUUGUCGGGUGAGUGGACGAUCCACGUCAUCGCGGGGGCUACGCUGUUGGAAGCCACGUACCAGGCCCACGAGAUCUGUAAAGGCUCCAACCCGCAGGUUGAGGCCUCGAUGGGUGCAGGAGUGAGCCCGGUGUUAUUGGUCAACCCUAACGCCCCCAAGGAUGUGUUGGUAUACUUGAGGGAGGACCAGAACAAAUUGGUUGGCCUCGGAAACAAGCGGCCCUUCUUCGAGAAUUAUGCCCAGCUGAAGGAUGUAGAGGCCGCGUGGAAAGCUCAUCGUCAGAAACAGUUGAAGGAUCGCAAGCAAGCCGCCGCGUCAGGGUUUGCCGGGGACGCCGCUGAGGAAGAGGAUGCUGGCUACGAGACCCAGUGGUGGGAGUGGUUGGAGAAGCAUUACACUGGCUACUGGGCCUCAUUCACGGACUUCGACCGAUGCAAGACCGCCGCCCGCGCGCUCAUCAACAGGGGCAUGUUCGAUCAGUUCUUCAUGUGGUGUCAAGAACAUUGCGAAUUCACAUCCUCGGAUUUGAGAUCAAGCGUCGUGCACCCGCCCCAGAAAAAGAUCAUGGACAUCCUUCCGACAGACAAGUUCUCGGAUUUGAUCGUCGCACUGAUUCGCAUGACAGUCCCAAACAACGUCAGCGAUGCGUUUCCAUGGUUGAUCAAGACCGCAGCCGACUUUGGCAAAGUUCGUCGGUUGAACCAGGUUAUGAGUAAGUCUAAAGUUCUCAAGGACGUCGCCGAUGUUGAUGCUGGUCCAAUAGUUCCAGCUGGUGAUCAAGUCGGCAAGGGGCGAGGCAGGGGACGCGGCAGGGGGCGAGGCAGGGGUGGCAAGCCCCAGGCGACCAAGGCAAAGGCAAAACAACAUCCUGCCAGCGUGGAGAACUCCAAGGAUCCAGAUACCACAUUCGCCGAUGAUCUAGUUCAUGCUGUCUGCUAUGCGCUGAAAGACGUCCCCAUUGACAAGAGGGACGUGGAAUUCGCCAGGUCGAUGUACGCGUUGGGGGUGCGUUUCAUGAUCCAAGAGGAGGCUGAGUACUAUCGCAGCAAGACUGGGCAGUUGCUCAAGUUCAAGCAGUACACUAAACUUCGCAAUCUGAUCAUUGAAGAAUUGCACCACCACCAUGAUGUCGCUGACCCAGCUAGGCCAGCCGAUCCCGCCGAUCAUGAAGAGCAGGAUGAGAAGGCUAACGAGGACGAUAUCGAAGAGGAAGAUCCAGAGAUCCUGGAAUGCAUGUCCACCAUCGCUGACAUCCUGAAAAGGUACCCUGGUGCGGCCAACGAUGUCGUUAAAUGCGUUUCUGAAAAUCCGCUCGGCUCCGACCUUGAGGCACACCCGCUUCGCGCUGGCAUAUAUGGGAAGGUGAAGAGUCGCUUGAUGGACGAGAUGCGCAUGCAUUCGAAGGUCGAGGACUACUUCUACAGCAAGGACGACGAGCCGUUCUUCUCGCGCCUCGCAGGGUGCAUCGUCGAGUUGGUGUCUGAAUACAUCCACCCGGACCUGGUGAUGUCGGCGCUGAGCCCCACCGGCCUUCUGAACCUGACCGCGGAGACCAGCCUUCAUACCGCGAUGCAGGACCGAUCUUCGUCUUUGGCUGAGAAAGUUGCGAACCUCAACGAAGAAUUGCUCACAGGCUUCCUCGCCAUGCGCGCGACCUACACGAUCGACUGCCUUGACGCUGUGCGCAAGACGAUUGCGGAAUGUGUUGAAAGUGAUGAAGCUGGCGACCGUGAUAAUCUCACCCAACUGCAUGCAUCAGUUGAGUCGUGCUUCUCUUGCGCUCCGCAUAUUAUGAGGAACGAUAUGCUUAACAGCGCGACUGCCGAUUGCAAGAACAUGUGGAUCAAGAUUCUCACCAGAUCUUCGGAGUUGAUGUCAGGUAAGACUUCUGGGAUGUCGUCGGCAGAGUGGAAGCGUACCGAAGACACUUUCAGACAGGAAUGCAUGCGAAAGCGGGUCAACGAAUUGCGAGCAGAGGCAAUUGAAAUGAAGUGUCUCGACGAGGCGGUGUGCUCUACCUUGAUCAAGCCAGACCUCGUCAAGCACAUCGUGGCUGAAAAAAUGAAGAGGCGACAGUCAACUGAAGCUACCCUCGUGAAUGAGUGGGGCGAGAAAGUCACGAGCUUCUUCCAAACAGAGACAGUUUCAACAUCUCCAGCGUGUUCAGCCUUGCCAGCUUCGGGAGGUGACUCUGGUGAAUCUCAAUGCGCUGACGGCGCUGUCAAGUCAGACUCGCAAGGGUCGCAAGGGCAAAGGCGUAUCAAUAUUUCUUUUGACAAGCCGAAGGUGCAGUAUACCAGUCAAGAUGGAGAUUUCUUUGGAGCAGGGCUGCAAUUCCAGAAGGUAUUGCCUCAUGCGCGCAGCUCGGUACUGGGAAAGACAUCGUGGCAUGCGAUCGACAUUGGCAUCAGAGCCACGGCGAUGCUCAUGGAUGGUUGGUUUCUGUCUUGGGGUCAUCAGCAGGAGGGGGCACACGAGAUAUCUAUCAUCCAAGACACGAACACCGAUUGCCUGACACGGACAAUGUCGGGGAAGCCAGCCCAAGACGGCCGAGCAUUCCGUCUGUCGAUGAAUUUCCAGUGCGAGAAGCGCUCCGAAGUUACCAUGCACUUAUUUGGGCAUGUCCUUCUGGUGGCGAACGACACGCCUCCUUCAAAGCUCUGUGUGCGAGUUGGCUCCGUCGACAUCGACGUGGAUGGGGCAGUGAGCACGUACUGCGCCUUCAUUGUUCCCAUGCAAGGCACAUCAGAGCCGCGUGCGCCCCUACCGACGCCCGCGUGGCUCGUUCGGGCGACGUCCAAGCUGGAGGAGGUCAACACUACCAUCCAUAAGAAGCAGAUCACCGUGGUUUACAAGGGGUCGGCUGGUGACGACAGGUUCGUCAGCUCGGAGGUGCCCUACUUGCAAGUCAAGGGCGUGGAGGCAAUCAAUACGGAGGUCGAGGGUCACGUUUACAGGGACCUCUGUCGACCGUUGUUUCCACGCGAGGCGGCCCGGGAGGAGGUGAUCAAAAGGAAGCGGGACGAGUCUGCAGCUUUGAAGGGCACCCUCGAGCGCCAGAGGUUGGAGCGCGUCGGUGAGGACACGGCGGCUACAGCCAUAGUGGCGCAUCUUUUGC